CACACACACAGAAAAAUCAGAUUACUUUCUGCAAUGUAUGUGAGCCUACAAAGCCAUAGGUUAGUAAAUACUUUCAAAUAUGAAAAUCAACAGAUGCUGGGAUAAAACUCAAAAAGAUUAGUCAGAAAGCUUCAGCAGAAAGAUGUAGUGGUCACUUUCCUAUCAUAUGCCAAUAAAGCAAACCAAACAGCAUAAAAGGGCCUGUUUACCAAGGUUUCGACAUACGAAAAUCUAUAAGAAAUACCAUGAUAUCCCUACGUGAUGUCUACCAUGUUGUGGCAGCCACUAUACCUUUAUAUGUUGUCAUGAUCUUAGCCUAUAUCUCUGUAAGGUGGGGGAAACUCUUUUCACCAGAGCAAUGCUCUGGAAUCAACAAGUUUGUAGCGAAAUUUUCAAUACCUUUAUUGUCCUUCCAAGUGAUAUCAGGAAGCAACCUCUACAAAGUAAACCUGAAGCUUCUAUUAGCAGAUUUCAUUCAAAAAUUUCUUGCUGUCUUUCUACUGGCAAUUUUUGCCAAACUAAAGCCCAAAGGAAACCUGACUUGGAUCAUAACAGGUCUUUCAGUUUCCACCCUUCCAAACACCUUAAUCUUGGGGAUCCCGCUAAUUAAGGCCAUUUUUGGUGAUGCGGCAGCAGAACUACUAGCGCAACUAAUUGCACUACAGAGUUUAGUCUGGUACAACCUCCUCCUACUCCUGUUCGAGCUCAAUGCAACAAAAGAAUCUUAUGUGAUGUCACCAUCAGAAAUAGCAGGUACGUACACAGAUAACAGAAUAAUGGUUCCUAAACUUGAGCUUGAGGUCCCUGGAGAACCAGAACUAGAAAAGGACGGUGAGGAGGAAGCAACAGACAGACCCCCAAGGAAGAAAACAAUUAUGGUAAUUCUUCUAACAGUUGGAAGGAAACUCAUAAUAAAUCCUAAUACACAUGCAACUCUAGCCGGUAUUAUUUGGUCAAGCAUACACUUCAGGUGGGGAGUCAAUCUGCCAAAAAUUGUUGAACAAUCAAUAUCAAUACUUUCAGAUGGUGGACUAGGAAUGGCAAUGUUUAGCAUAGGUGUUUUCAUGGCAUCCCAAGCUAAUAUUAUAGCAUGCGGAACCAAAAAGGCAAUAUUAGCAAUGGCACUGAAGUUUGUUCUUGGACCUGUUCUCAUGGCAAUCUCAUCUAUUGCUGUUGGACUAAGGGGACAAUUGUUUAGAUUGGCAAUAGUACAGGCAGCCCUUCCCCAAGGAAUCGUUCCUUUUGUGUUUGCCAAGGAGUAUAACAUACAUCCAACCAUCUUAAGUACAGGGGUAAUCUUUGGCAUGCUGAUUGCAAUACCAAUUGCUUUGGCAUAUUAUUUCUUGUUGGAAAUAUGAAACUCAGACAUGGUCAUCGCAGUUAGCAGUUAUUCACAGAUUCAUCAGAGAUACAGUUUGCUCUUCUCUAACAACAUUCAACUGUAGAGGGUUACGAUAAAGAAAAGGCAAAAAUCUUAGUG